CAUUAUUGUGCGUAUUACAUCAAUCCAAGGCUGGCUCGCUUCCUGUUUUGCACGUGAAAUGCUCGGCGAAGUUUGAGCUAGCUGUCAGGAAUGACGGCGUCGGCUGCUGGAAACUAUAACAAUGCCGAGUACUGGGACCAGCGCUACGCGCCAGGCGCUCCGGGAGAUGCUCCGAAGCAUUUCGACUGGUUCUUCAACUAUUCUGCGCUACGGCAGUUAUUCAAGCGAUAUCUGCACAUCAAUGCUCGAGUGCUCCACGUCGGCUGCGGGAACAGCAACCUGCAAGAAGGAAUGGCAAUGGAUGGGUACCGUGUCACGAACGUGGACAUCUCUCCCGUGGUGAUUGAGCGGAUGAAGCUCCAGCACUCGCAGCUGGCAGGGCUAGACUACCUGGUGGCGGACUGUCGCGACAUGUCCAGUGCCGGUCUGCCGGGCGGCAGCUUCGGCAGCUGCAUCGACAAGGGCACCCUGGACGCGGUGUUGUGCGGCGCUAGCGGGCAGCUGGAUGCGGCGAGGUAUAUGCAAGAGAUUUGCAGGCUGCUGCGGCCGGGCGGGAUCUUCCUCCUCAUCAGCCUGGGAGCACCCUCGGCGCGGCUGGCGCUCCUGCAGAAGCUGGGCCUGUGGCAGGACGUGCAGGUGUUGCUGCUGCCCAAGCCGCUGCUGUACCUGCAAUCGGACGCCGCCAUGAGCGGUCGCCCGCCGCCGGCCGCCACCGCGCCCAGCAAGGACGCGCCGGUGGAGGCGCUGGGGCCGUGGCCCGCCGCCGUGGCGCUUGCCGAGCUGGCGGCGCGGCGCAACAGCGGGGCCCUGGACGAGCGGGAUUACUUCUUUGCAUACGUGUGUACGACACCGGGGUCGGGAGGCGAGGCGGUACCAGCAGGAGAGGGCGCUAUGCCUGUAGCAGGAGCGGCGGAGGCUGCAGCAGGGGUGCCCGCCGCUGCGGUGGCGACUGGGGCAUCCGUGCAGGCGGCGGCAGGAGCAGGGCCGAGCAAUGGCGGUUAUCAGGAGGCGGUGCAGUCCGAGUUUGCCCUGCCCGCGCUUGCGCCGGAGCCGGCGCUGGUGGGCAGUAGGGCUGAGAGCGGUGCGGCUCCGGCGGCACUUCUGAGCGAGCCGUUGGCGGUGGCUGCACCGCCGGUGCUGGCGGAGGCGCGCGAGCCGGGUUUGGAGACGAACGGUGACACGGUGUCAAAUGGAGAAGGUGGCACUGCGACAGAGGAGGUACAGCAGCUAAGUGAUGCCAGGAAUCUGCUGCAGGGGCUGAGUCUGGCAUAGCCGGCAGUGGUGGCCACGCCGAGCGCGCAUAGCACAUGAUGCAACAACUGCAUUUGUCAAGGUUUGAUGAUUGGUGGUGUCGUGGUGUGAGCUAGUGGUAACCUAAGGGCUCGGCCUGCUGUGUCCUGCCCUCCUGCUGCCCAAGAGCAAAACCCUGCAUACACCCCAUGAAGGCGCAUCUACCCCAUGGAUUAUGAGUGUGCUCUGAGGUGCAUCGGGCAGGACCGUGCUCGACUGCAGACUAGUGCUGGCAACUAGUGCUCUUCAACAGCCAAACCUGAGGUGUGUUGCAAACUCAACUAAUCUAUAUGAGAGGUUUCAUGAGGUGCGCAAGUAUAUUUAUCCAGGGCCGCGUUGCCGUGUUAUUUCAUGGUUUGGUUUUGAGGGCAUGGGCCGCGACCGUAUGGGCCGCGAGCGUGGGGAGGUUCGUUUUGGGGUACCCCUGCUUUGGGGCACUACCGUACAGUCCAUUUUACAGCCUCACGAAUGUUUGAUUAAUGUUUGAUUGGGCGUUUCAACGACGGGCGGGAACUGAGAAGCGUGGCCCGCUUGUAUGUUAGCGAGGCGGUGCUGGGAGUGCGAUGGGACAGUGUUAAGCCAGGUUGGUGAAGUCCCGUAGGGUGCAGCUGAUUCCCAGACCCCAGCAGAAGGCAAACAGUUUGCAACGGCAGGGCAGGAGGGCGUGGCUGGUCGAACGCCGGAGUAAGUGUACCGACAAGUUGCUGGCUGGCUGGAAGUUUGCUGACGCGCAUUCUUCACGCUCCGGGCGCCCGGCCAGGCGAUAGCACCACACAAACACAUCGCAACGCCACACUCGCGAUGCAGAGCCGCAGGCGGUGGUGGGAGUGCCAUCCCCUAGGGGUGCGCAGCGGCUUGAAGGGAAACUCUGGGGAGCA